AUGGGUUGUCUAUCACCACGAUUUCAACUAGCGUUCAGACGUUCAUUAUUCUUCGGAUUAUGCUUGUGUAUUUGGUUAGCUAUUGGUACAUUGACUUUUUCUGCAUUAUCGGCUACCGUUACCAACCUUGCCAGCAUGGUUAGACUAGACAACAAACGAACGGAACUGCUGAAUGUGCUGUGGGCAGAGACGAUUUCGAAACCAGAAGCGGAUUGGGCUGAAAUGGCCAAUAGGAAGCUUGAGUUAUACGAGAAGCAGGAAGAAAUUUCAUUGCUAUUUUAUUUUAGUGGUUUCAUCCUAUAUGCUAUAACUUUUCUUGGUGUCGCACUUAUAAGUAGAGCGUUCUUCCAAAUGCAGCACGAAAUCGAAAGAUUGUUGCAUGGAUUCGAAUUUACCUUCGCAAGCAUGUUCUCGAAAUUUGAGCGAUGGAUGAGCGAAGACAAGGGAACAAUUCUAAACACCAAUCGAAUAGAGGAAGUAGAUGAAAAUGAAGAUGAAGAUGAAGAUGAAAGUGACUACUAA